AGCGGUCACUGCAAGGGGACAGAGCCAGCACCUCCUGUACCAUGACGCUGACCCAAGCCGAGAAAGCUGCCGUGGUCACCAUCUGGGCCAAGGUGGCCCCCCAAGCUGAUGCCAUUGGGGCAGAAUCACUGGAGAGGCUUUUCUUCAGCUAUCCCCAGACAAAAACGUACUUCCCUCACUUUGAUCUCAGCCAAGGCUCAGCUCAGCUUCGUGGUCAUGGCUCCAAGGUCAUGAAUGCCAUUGGGGAAGCUGUGAAGCACGUGGAGGACAUUCGAGGUGCUUUGGCCAAACUCAGCGAGCUGCAUGCUUACAUCCUCAGGGUAGACCCUGUGAACUUCAAGCUGCUUUCCCACUGUAUCCUGUGCUCCAUAGCUGCACGCUAUCCCAGUGAAUUCACUCCAGAAGUUCAUGCUGCAUGGGACAAGUUCUUGUCCAGCGUUUCCUCUGUUCUGACUGAGAAGUACAGAUAAAUGGCCUGCACAGAGGGUGAGAGAUGCACAUCCAUGGCACAGCCCAGCUGCCAGGCUCUGAGGUUCCUCUGCAGCCCUCUCAAGUCCUCUCUGCAGGGGUUCAGACAUCUGCAAAACCCAAUAAAUAACUGAAAUGUGA